GGGCACAACGCCCUUCUCCUGGCAUUGACUUCCUGGUUGGAUGGAUCCGAUUUGUUGACUUCCUCUUCCCGCAGAGCUUGGUGGAUGUAACCGAGCAGAGCAGCUGCGGAGCGGCAGCAGGUUUUCAGUCGCGUUUUUCUUCAUUGACAUAACAGUUUUAUGUAGAAGCAGGAGAGUCUGAACCAGAGGCAGCGAAGCGGCUAGCAGAGCCGUUAGCAGCAGCUGAGAGGUUAGCUUGGACUGAGCUAGCAAACGAGCGCGUUGCUGACCCUGGUUGGACUCUUUUCUGUCUCCGAGAGCUAAAAACAAAGCAAGAACUACAAGAAGACAUCAUAGUAAUCCCAUAAACCAGGAGUAUGAGAUUGGAGCCACGGGGGCUGUAGCAUGAAGAGCCCGGCGCACCGCACCAGAGACAUUGAGCGGCAAGCCGGCUACCUGAAGCCCGAGCACUGCGCCCCUCCUCCUCCCCGCAGCAGCUCAGGCACCAUGUGGUUUAUCCGUGACGGCUGCGGCAUUGCGUGUGGCAUCAUCACCUGGUUCCUGGUCUUCUACGCAGAGUUUGUUGUGGUGUUCGUCCUGCUCCUGCCAGCCAAAAAUAUUGCCUAUAGUCUCUUUAACGGGGUGAUCUUUAAUGGCCUCGCCUUCCUCGCCCUCGCCUCUCACGCCAGAGCCAUGUGCACAGACCCGGGAGCUGUGCCCAAAGGGAACGCAACCAAAGAAUUCAUUGAAAGUCUGCAGCUCAAACCAGGACAGGUGGUUUACAAAUGUCCAAAGUGCUGCAGCAUCAAACCCGACCGGGCACACCACUGCAGUGUGUGUAAACGCUGCAUCAAAAAGAUGGACCACCACUGUCCCUGGGUGAACAACUGUGUUGGAGAGAACAACCAGAAAUACUUUGUUCUUUUUACUAUGUACAUUGCACUAAUAUCCUUCCAUGCAUUAGUUAUGGCAGCCUUCCACUUUGUGUUCUGCUUUGAAGAAGACUGGACAAAGUGCAGCAACUUUUCUCCACCAGCAACAGUAAUCCUCCUUAUCCUCCUGUGCUUUGAGGGUCUGCUCUUCCUGAUCUUCACUGCUGUCAUGUUUGGGACUCAGGUCCACUCUAUCUGUACUGAUGAAACGGGCAUCGAACAGCUAAAAAAGGAGGAGAGAAGAUGGGCCAAAAGGUCCAAAUGGAUGAACAUGAAGGUCGUGUUCGGCCACCCCUUCUCUAUAGCCUGGCUCAGCCCGUUUGCGACGCCGGACCAUGGCAAGGCCGACGUAUACCAGUACAUCGUGUGAAAGCUGGAGACUAAACUGAAAGCACUCAUGACCUGGACAUGAACUUAUUUUAAGCAUCUUUUCAUUUUCCUAUCUGAAUGGUGGAUAUUUCUUGAAGUCUGUCUAUCCUUGGGUUCUGUUUUAUGCCUUUAGUUGCUUUCAUUUGUUUGUUUAUCUCUUAGUGUUGAAUGAGAUUAUAAUUUGUUGGCACAAUGAAGCUGCACCGAGAACCACAAUCAGCUGAAAGAUGGGAGGCAGUUGGUAGCAGAAAACCGAGCUCUGUUGGCUGCAGUAUGUCAGAUCAUUUCCUUCCUUCUGAAAUUAAAUCAUGUGAACAGAUGACCAGCAUGAUCCAGGUAUUAGAUGAACCCCUGGAUUUGUCUUCCUGUAAACAAUCUCUCCAUCUGCUCUCUUAGUUUGCUGUUUUAGGGUCUUUUCGAUAAUCUUCUCCUGAAUGCUGCAGAUGAUUAGCCUUCAAAUGGUUAUUUAGCAAGAGGCACAUCUGAUAUAGCUAUUUAUUGCCUUAAUGUUACUCAGCAGGUCGUCACCUGUUUACAUCUUGUUUUUUUCUAAGGGAUGUAGCCCUCUGCAUUCAGGGUUGUUGUUCAGGAAUGUGUUUUAAGAUUGUUUCAUGCAUAUUUUCCCCUCCGUUAGGAUCCCACAAAAGCAGAGGAAUCAUGUUUGAGGAGAUUUAGAUCAUUUUAUGUGUAACGGGUGCAACAACUAUCUGAAAAAGAAAAGCAAUAAGCACACAGAUGUCUGUUUAAGUUAUUACUUUGAUAUUACAGCACGGUUUGACUCUGUGGUAAAUUAAACAUCAUCUCAUCAUGAACUCCUUUCUCAUAAGCAGCAUCCUCCAGAUUUAUUGGCCCACCUAGUAAACAUGCAUGUGUAGAAUAAAUUAAUCUCCUGUAGCUUAAUAUAAAAUUGUUUGCUCUUAGUUUCUAAUAUCAGUUUGAGAUUUUUUUUUUACCUCUCAAAGUUUUUCUAAAUUUUCUAAUUAUUGCUUUAUUUCUAGAUUUAGCUAUGUUUAGACAGAGAGGACGCACGGGACGGUUAACAUGUCUGCUUUAUAUUGAAACUGCAUAUUCUCUUCUCUUUCUGAUUUUUAAUGGAAGCAGAAAGCAGAGAAUAAUACUUGACUUAUUUAAAAUAAU